UGCAUAACAGUCAUUACAUUUUCCUGGAAUUAGAGUACAUAGAGUUCUUUUCAUCUGUUCAUCCAGACUUGCUGUAUUUCUCAGCUCUGGGCCAUCAUCAUGGAUCUUAGUGGAGUUCUCUGUCUCAUUCUCAUUUUCCUCAUAACCAGUAUUCUAUUUCGUUCAAGAUGGAAAGUCAGAGGAAGGCUACCCCCUGGUCCCAUGCCACUUCCCUUUAUAGGAAACAUGCACCAAGUCAAGAUGAAUGAUCUCAUCAAGUCUCUGGUUGAGCUUAGCAAAACGUAUGGACCCAUGUACACUUUUUAUCUUGGUUCUCGCCCCACUGUGGUGAUGUGCGGAUAUGAGAUUUUAAAGGAAGCUCUAAUAGACCAUGCUGAAGAAUUCAGUGGGAGGGGAGACUUUCCAGCAGUCCAACAGUACAGCAAGGGAAAUGGGAUUGUGUACGGGACAGGAGAAAGAUGGAGGCAGCUUCGACGCUUUGCUAUCCAUACUUUGAAGAAUUUUGGAAUGGGGAAGAGGAGCCUGGAGGAAAGGGUGAAAGAGGAGGCCCAGUAUCUAAUAGCAGAGUUCCGAAAAAGUGAAGGUAAGCCCCUUGACCCUACUUUUGGAUUCAGCUCGGCAGGCUCUAACAUAAUCUGUUCUCUAGUGUUUGGAGACCGAUUUGACUACAGAGAUGAAGAAUUUAUGAAUUUGCUUUACUUGAUAAACAACAGUUGGCACCUUAUGAGCUCCACAUGGGGACAGCUACUUUUCGUGUUUCCAAAAAUCAUGGGGUAUAUUCCAGGCCCACACAAAAAGAUUUACAAAAACUAUGUAAAGCUUGGAGCCUUUGUGGCCAAGAGACUUCGGAUGAACAAGGAGACGCUGGACCCAAACAAUCUACGUGAUUUUGUAGACUGCUUUCUCAUAAAGAUUGAACAGGAAAAGAAAAACCCAAAUAGUCAUUUCAACUAUGAGACAAUGUUGAAAACUACAGUGAAUGUGUUCUUUGCUGGUACAGAAACAGUGGGGUCUACCUUGAGAUAUGGUUUUCUGAUCAUGCUGAAGCACCCAGAAGUGAGAGAGAAAGUUCAAGAGGAAAUAGACCGUGUGAUUGGUCGAGAUAGAGGUCCAUGCAUAGAUGAUCGCAGCAAGAUGCCCUACACUGAAGCAGUAAUUUAUGAAAUCCAGAGAUAUGCAGACAUAGUGCCCAUGAGUGUUCCUCAUACUGUCACCCGGGACAUCACAUUCCGUGGCUACGACCUGCCUGAGGGUCUCAACAUCAUGCCCUUGAUUUGCACAUCCCAGUAUGACUCUACAAAGUUUAAGAAUCCACACUCUUUUGACCCAACACACUUCCUGGAUACAAAUGGACUCUUCAAGAAAAAUGAGGCAUUCAUGGCAUUUUCAGCAGGAAAGCGGAUCUGCCUUGGAGAGGGUCUGGCCCAAAUGGAGUUAUUCAUUUUCUUUACCACCAUCCUCCAAAACCUCACUCCAAAGCCUCUAGUGGACCCAAAGGACAUUGAUAUCACUCCAGAAAGCAGUGGAUUGGGAAAUAUACCACGGCCUUACAAAAUGUGUCUGGUUCCUCGUUGAAAAUACGAGGCGUAACUUGAAGGUCUUUAGCUAGAACAUUAGAAUACAACGAAUACAAUUAUUUUCAAUUGUUCUUUGUUUAGAAAUUAUAGGCACUAGGCAACUGUGGUUUUAGCAUUUAUUUUUCUUCAAAAGUUCUCUUUCUGCUCUUUACUGAUUUGAUAUUUUACAAUUAGCUCCCAAUCAGUACCUAUACAUUAUGAACUCACAAGCAUUACUACAUUGUUCAAGUGUUAAAUUUCCAGCUAAAAUCCUGCAUCAGAUCGCCAUGUAAUACCUUUUUCCAUGGUAAUUUUACCUGUGUGCCCUAGUUAUAACCAUAGGGCAAAUUUGAUAAGGCAGGGAAAUGUGUCACAUUUAAUAUGUAAAUAACAGUAAUAUAAAGCUACUAAUCUUGUCUGAUUAUUAAGGACCAAUAUACAAUGUUUGCCCUCCUGAGGAUUUUGACUAUAUGAUGUAUUGCCUGCUGAGCUAGUGUACGUUUCCUUUGUGGACACCCCUAUGGUUAAAAUAAUCAUUUCAAAUGUGCUAUAUGAUUCAUACAAAAUGUAUAUACUGUAUACUUAAUCAUAUAGUUAUUUUCUCUCUC